AUGUGUACUGGUCAAUUAUUAUGCGAUGUUGGUAGGGAUGGUAACAAUCAUAUAUACCCAAUAGCUUGGGCUGUAGUUUGUGUUGAAAAUAAAGACAACUGGAAAUGGUUCUUAGAAAACUUGCAAGAAGAUUUGCAUCUUGAAGGUGGUUUUGGUAGGAUAUUGAUGUCAGAUCAACAUAAGGGAAAAAUUGAAGCUGUGAAAGAUUUAUUUCCAAAGAUAGAACAUAGGCAAUGUGCCAGGCAUGUUCUUUCCAAUUUCAAGAAGAAAUUCCCUGGGGCUCAGUUUGAGAAACUAUUUUGGAAGGCAUGCAAGGCCUCAACUGAACCUCUUUUCAAUUCUGCAAUGAAAGAUAUUCAACUGAUUAGCCCUGCUGCUUAUGUGCAUUUGAUUGGAAGGAAUCCAAAAUCAUGGAAGAAGCCAAUUAUAACAAUGUUGGAGGAUAUUAGACUAUAUGUGAUGCAGAGGAUGUGUAGUUUGAGGCAGAAAGGAAGUGGAUGGGGACAUCUUGAUGUAUGUCCAAACAUAAGGCUUGCCCUAAAUGAAUUAAAGAUCCAACAAAGGUACUGGCAAGUGCUUCCUAGUGGCCUGAAUACAUUUGAAACAAGAAACUUAGGAGAGUCUUAUGGAGUUGAUCUGGAAAAGAAAACAUGUUCUUGUAGGAUUUGGCAAAUGAAUGGGUAUGGUUGUGUACACUCAGUGGCAGCCAUUAGUUAUGUAAAUAGAGAUGUAGAGGUAUUUGUUGAUCCUCUAUAUCGUGCUUGCAUAUAUAUGAACACAUACAAGUACACAAUUGGAUGCAUGAAUGGGAGUGCAAUGUGGCCCCCAACAGAGUACAUACCACCUUUACCGCCAUUGAAAAGGAAGAUGCCAGGGAGACCUACUAUUAAGAGAAAGAGGGACAAUACUGAGGUUACUGGAUCACACAGAGUAUCCAAGGCAGACAAAAAGAUUGUCAAAGCCACAAAAAGUCAGGUGAAAAAGAGGAAGGCUGAAGGUGAAGGUGAAUCUAGUGCAUUAAAGAAAAGGAAGGGUCAAGGGCAAAAUGGGAAGGGAAAGGGUGAAGGUGAUACUAGAAGUGGAAUUGGUUUUAAAAUGGGAGAAGGUGAAUGUGAGUCAACAAGUGGUGUGACUAAGAAGAAUGGUAAAAAAGUAGAUACACUGAAAUUAAGAAAAAAGUCAGAGAGGAUACUAAAGAAAAAGUUGGCAAAAAAGGUUGCAGGCAAAAACGGUGAAGGUGAUACAUCAACCAAACCAAUGGACUUGGAUUAA